UACAUUUUUUUCAUCCUCAAAAGUCCAUUUGUCGUUUUAUGCACCACCUUGUGAACUUGAGCAGGUGAAGAAAUAAUUCGUAGAGGGCAAGCAUACCUCCAAAAGCGAGCAAAAAAACAGGUAUCUUCCUCUUCUGGUUCUACCCUGAUAUUGUCUCCUCCGCCCUGGUGGUAGGUUUGCAAAGUAAAUUUACUGAAUCAUGGAGGUUUGCAAAGAUCUAGUAUUGGCGCUGGUGGUUUGGCAACAUGACAGAUGAGGAUGGAGCUUCCGAGCUCAGUCUCCGUACGUGGCGCGGUGGGGAAGGAAGGUCGACUUCAUCAUCUACGCUAUUUUCGGCGCGUGCUGAUGAGGCAAAAGACGCCGCUUCGCUGUGGUCGGACGCGACACUUCUUCCCUGGUUGUCUUUCGAGAGGAGGAAAUCGUCAAUGUUGCAGUAUUCGUCCUCUAUGGACAUAAUCGAGUUUUUGUCUUCAUUUUCCUCGGUAACAGCAGAGGAGGCACUCAAUCGUGUUGUUGCGGCUAACAGUGAGCUUUCCACAGCAACGGUCGUCUGCUCUGCUUCACCGUUCCCACUUUCCUCACCAAUCUCAAGAGUCCGUCUGCCGAAGGUUGAUUCAUCGUCGUCAUCGUCUAAUUGUACAACGCUUUCAAUCUCCUCGCUAAACGUACUAUAUGCAUCAACAUCGUCCGCGAUGGUAGACGGCGUUACAGGUAGGUGCGAUAAUCGCCGCUGGUGGUUGGAAGGUGACCCGUGGUCCGUGUUGCGAAUGGUUGGAGAAAGGCUGGACCCUUGUGCUUCCAACGAACCUUCCUCGAUCGUUCUUCCAUGGUUGUUCCUGUGACCCUCCUGUGGUGAUUCAUUUUGUGCCCCCCUGUUGUCGUUGUUGUUGUUCUUCACCAGCAGUUCCUCACUAGAUAGCCUCCUCCGAUUGGCUAUGGGAAUAUUGCAGAGAGGGCACGAAUUGCGUUUCUGGAUCCACAUCUUGAGGCAGUCGACAUGGAAGACAUGAAUGCACCCAAGGUCCCCCACGCGGUCUCCAUCCUCUAGUUCUGUGAAACAAAUCGUGCAAUGGGGUGCAUCGAUCGAAUGGUCGUAUUCAUUGCCGGUCCUGCAGCAGCUGGAUCGAGAAGUAUCCUCCUCUGUAGAACUCCAUCUGCGGGUUUUCAUUUCGUAAAUGGCGUGGGGCAACCCCCGCUCUUGCCGAGAUUCGAUAAAGGCUAUUUCGUCCCGGAUGGCCAUCCAUUCGACCCGGAGUAACAGAUUGUAUUUGAUAUACCGGUUCCAGGAGGUUUGCCAUGGCCAGACCACGCCCCUCCACCAAGUCACCAACCGGUUGUUGCCGAUGGAAACGUCUGGGUGGUCCCCCCUUCCUUCCGUGAUGGGAUUGCUUCCUUCCGUGUUGUCAUUGUCUUGCGACAAUCCUUCAUGAUGGGUAGAUGUCGUGAUCGUGGGAGGAAUUCUUGGUGGGUCGAAAUUCAUCCAGUUCCCGUUUUGGUUCCUAGUUCGAUGGCGGACAACGUUUUCGCGGUCCACCCGUUCCUCAUCUAGUAUUUCCUGGACCACGAAUUGAUUGUAACGAUUGAUAUUCCGCAUCUGUCGGUUCCGGUAGCGGUCUCCACAGCCGCAGACGUAAUACAAGAUGGUGCCACGGACAAAGUCAAGCAAGAUCCGUCCCUGGAAUGAGCAGCAGAAGGAGCACAGAACGACUGCGUACAUGAUCCACAGCAGCGGCCAGGCGUUGAKGGCGACCCUCUCGUCCUUAGCCAUGGAAAAGCACUCGAGCUUCGGGGAACGUGAAGAUGCAUCGGUAUCGUAACUAGUGGUGUACGCGCACCAGUCGGAAGAAGCGGGACAGAAGGUGAGCAGGGGGUCACCGAUUUGAUUUAUGUCCGAGUCGCUGCCUUCUGAAACCCCCCCAAACGUGCCGAAUUCGUCAAAACACCCACAGGGGCGGAGCAUGAGCAAUUCGGAGGUCGAGUAGCUCUCGAGGUCGGCACUUGUCUCAUCAUUAGAAUUUUUGGCAUCUCUCAGAUCCCUUCGAUCGGCAACUAGGCUGUUUUUUCUGUAGGUCGAGAGAAAACGCAUUGAAUUCUCUGAGGUGGGUGCUUCUUCGACGAAACCAGAUGCAACAAAUAUAGGGGUACUGACUAGGAUACGAUUCUCGGUUUCGCGAGACAUCUUAGCUCCCCGAAGAUAUCUUCGAGUUCCAGCCCUAAUGUGAUCCAAAACGCUAUUAUCAUCGGCCCCGAAUUUUUCCUUACUGCUGUCAAUAUUGUCACCGCUAUAGAUGUUGCCUCGGCUUCGAUUCAGCUUUUCACCACCAUCAAUCAAAACGAGAUUUUCUUCCGUUUCAUUGGAAUGCGGUGACUGGCGAAAGAGAACGUACGUUCCAGUAUCUUCCUCUAGCAUUACUGGCGAAAGAUCCCCCACUGGACAUCUAUAAUUCAAGUAGAU